AUGGCAAUCUUCUUGAUCGUCUCGUGCUUCCUUCUGGUUCCAGAUGUCUCCUGCUUGACCAAAUUCCAAUUUUCUGGUCGUUUCUGGUGUUCCCUUCCGUUCUUCCGCCAUAAUAUAACCAUCUAUGAGGAUGAUUGGGUCUACGAUACCGCGAUAUCCCAUAUGGGCGCCAAAAAUUCGACUAAGCAUAUGAAAAACUUCGAGCUCUACAUGGAUAUUAGACAUAGUUGCAACAGUAAAGGGGAACGCGUGCUACCUUAUAAGAUGUUGAGAGUUCAUCUUGGAAACUUUCCGCAAAACAACGCAGGAUACUACAAAUUACUUUACAUCAACCUGACUGACGCUGGUCUGGCAGUUCCCAGUCUGAUCGGAGGUUAUUGA